AUGGGUAAAACAUCUAAAGAUAAAAGAGAUAUUUAUUAUAGACUUGCUAAGGAAGAAGGAUGGAGAGCAAGAAGUGCCUUUAAGCUUUUACAAAUUAAUGAAGAAUUUAAUAUUUUUGAAAAUGUUACUCGAGUUGUAGACCUCUGGAGUCAAGUUCUGUCUAGAAAACUGUAUGGCAAAGAUAUGAGUAAAUCUGUUGACUCAAAUCAAAAAUUAAGUAAUGAUACAAUAAUUGUAGCAGUUGAUUUGCAACCAAUGGCUCCUCUUCCCGGUGUUAUUCAAAUUCAAGGAGAUAUUACUAAAUUAAGCACAGCAAAACAAAUUAUUGAACAUUUUUCUGGUUCUCCAGCUCAAUUGGUUGUAUGUGAUGGAGCACCUGAUGUCACUGGAUUACAUGAUAUUGAUGAAUUUGUUCAAAGUCAGCUAUUAUUGGCUGCUUUUAAUAUUACUUCACAUAUUUUAAUGAAAGGAGGAACAUUUGUUGCUAAAAUAUUUAGAGGAAAAGACAUAACUUUAAUUUACUCUCAAUUAAAAAUAUUUUUUAAAUUUGUAACUGUUGCAAAACCUAGGAGUUCUAGAAAUUCUAGCAUUGAAGCUUUUGUUGUGUGUCAAAACUACCAACCACCAAAUGACUAUGUUCCAAACAUGAAUAAUCCAUUAUUAGGAGAAAGUUACAAUGAUCAAAAUCAGCUUAUUGGUUCUAAUAGGUUCAUCGUUCCAUUUAUGGCAUGUGGAGAUUUAAAUGGAUUCGAUUCUGAUGCUACAUAUAGUUUAAAUAUUGAUGGUCAGAAAUCGUAUGAAUAUCACAAACCGACUCAAGAACCAAUUGAUCCUCCUUAUAAAAAAUCAGUUGAAUUGAGAAGGCAGCAAAAACUUCAAAAACCGGAAUCUUCGCAAUGUCAGGAAGUUAAAAGUAGCGACGAUAGUCAAGCACUAGCAAAAAACUUGAUUAAUGAAUUCUUUGUUCUUUCUGUAAAUUCUUCUAAAAAUGAAAGUGAAAAUUAA